UCCGUAAAACUUUAAUUUCCCCUCACCGAAUGAGAGGGGAAAACGAAGGAAAAGCCAAAUGACGACAGCUCUUUUAAGGGAACUGAGGAAGCUGAACGUGAUCGCAAUUAAUCGGAAGAAACUGGACGCCUGCAAGUUAAAGCUCCAAUUGAUCCCAAGUAGCUCUUGUUAGCUCUUUCCAGCAAUUUACUAACAGAAAUCAGGGUUUAAGAAAGGACCGAAACAUCCUAUUUUUUCUGGACUUCUUGAGGCACUUGAGUCUUCCUGGAUGACUAACACAGGAACAACCCAGCCCUUGUUGGAUCAACUGCAUCAAACCCAUCAUACGGUUGAUCUUGGGAGAAAAAGACUUCGCCGAUCUAAAAGUACUCCUGUGGGAGUAAUUGCUCCGGUGGAAAUCAAUGAAAUAAGGAACGUCCAAUCACUUCUACGUUCCAAAUCGAUUUUGGACAAACUUCACCCUAGUAUUAGGAAAGUUAUUGUUUACUUGGUUAUAUACUUGGGUAUUGGUACCAUUUGCUUUUAUUUUGUUAGAAACAAGAUCAAGGGAAAGAAAAUAGAUGGUGUACUUGAUUCCCUUUACUUUUGUGUUGUGACAAUGACCACGGUCGGCUAUGGUGAUAUGGUCCCUAACAGUGCAACUACUAAACUGCUUGCCUGUGUCUGUGUGUUCUCUGGUAUGGCACUUGUUGGACUGGUUCUAAGCAAAGCAGCAGAUUACUUAGUGGAGAAGCAAGAAACACUAUUAGUUAAAGCACUGCAUAUGGGUUGUAGAGUUGGUCCGAGUGAAAUUUUAGAGGAGAUUGAAAUAAACAAAGUAAGGUACAAGUGUUUCAUGGUAGCGUCCUUCCUUAUAGUGCUCAUAGUCGUUGGGACAGUCGUCUUGGCUAGAGCUGAAAAGUUUGAUACUGUAGAUGCCUUUUAUUGCGUCUGUGUUACCAUCACAACAUUAGGAUAUGGAGAUAAAAGCUUUUCAACCAAAGCAGGGCGCAUUUUUGCUAUAUUUUGGAUUUUGACAAGCACUCUUUGUUUGGGUCGAUUCUUCCUUUAUGUUGCUGAAUGGAACACGGAAAAGAGACAGAAGGAGAUUGUGAAAUGGGUUCUUUCAAGGAGGAUGACAAAUGUGGAUUUGGAGGAAGCUGAUCUUGAUGACGAUGGGGUUGUAGGGACUGCUGAAUUUGUUAUCUAUAAACUUAAGGAGAUGGGGAAGAUCAACCAACAAGACGUCGCAGCUGUAUUGAAGGAAUUUGAAAGACUUGAUGUUGAUCAGUCUGGAACUUUGUCAACUGCAGAUCUGACACUCGCCCAAUCAUCUUAAACCGGGAGGUGAUUGCUCUAAAACCUAUAUUAGUGUAUUAAGCAACCUUUUUCACCUAUGACUAUUAGUCCUUUGAAACUUCUAGUGUAUUAGUUGCAUGUUAGAAAACGUUCAUAUUUCUAGAGUUUUUGACACAAGUCAUGCAGUAAAUCCCACUCAGUUUAGUACUAGGUGAAAUUCACGCUUCCCACAAUCUCCUUGUAGUCUUCUCAACACCCUAUGUAAACAUGUAAAUUCCUUGUACUUUUGUUUGUAAAAAGUUUUGCAAACUUUUU